AUGUUGCUAAUCGAAAGAGCAGGACAUCUCCCACAACUCCUCCAUUCUCGAACACUCUCCAAAGACCAGUUUCAAGCUCUUUCACGUACCACUUUCAACAUGAGGGACGAGGAGAAACUGAGCACGUUUGUGCAGUCCGAACGGGCCCGCUCGAACGGGUUCAUAAGACGCAUUUGCCAGCUAGUAAUCGCGAUAGUAGCGUUUUGUUGGCUAACACUGGGACUUGGAAGCUGUCCUGUGCCCAUGCGUAGGUUUAAUUAUGGCAACGCAGGGCAAUUGGGCGUAGCUUCAUCUCUGGAAAACGCUUUUCUGGAGGCCCUGGACGAGAAUUUGGCCGGUAAUUGGUCUGAGAAAUAUACGUCUGUCCCACAUUUAGCGGGCCAGGGCGUCGAGUUGGUGAACUGGACGGCCGCUAAGUAUGAGGAAUAUGGUUUGUCUACCAGUGUUGAGACAUUCGACAUCUACUUGAAUUACCCUGUGGAAAACGGCCUGUCCUUGCUGGAAAAGGGCAGAAAUGGAACGUUUGUAGCUUACAGAGCUUCGCUGGAGGAAGACUCGCUGCCAGAGGACCCUACAACCUCCGGAGAUGACUUGAUUCCAGCAUUCCAUGGCUACAGUGCCACGGGGAAUGUUACUGCUGGGUACGUGUUUGUAAACUAUGGCACCAAGGAAGAUUUUGAGCUUUUGAAAAGCCAAAAGGUUGAUGUAACGGACAAAAUCGCUAUUGCAAGAUACGGUAAGAUCUUUAGAGGCUUAAAAGUGAAGUUUGCACAGGAAGCAGGAUGUGUUGGCGUUUUGAUUUACUCAGACCCCGGCGACGACUUCUACCAAGAAGCCAAGGGUGACAAACCAUAUCCUGAAGGACCUGCAAGAAAUCCUUCUUCUUUGCAAAGAGGUUCAGUUCAGUUUUUGAGCGAAAUGCCAGGAGACCCAACGACCCCCGGUUAUCCUUCGCAAGGAGACGUCGAACGUGCGGAUCCAAAGGGCCGUAUUGCCGACAUCCCCAGUUUGCCCAUCUCCCACAAGGAAGUGUUGCCCAUCUUGAAGAAACUGAAUAACCACGGGCUCAGCGGCCCUAAAAUUGGAGGAGAUAAGUGGAAAGGAGGCUUGCAAGGUUUUGAAUACUGGACUGGACCAUCGCCCGAUCACAGCUUGAAUCUUUACAACAAUCAGUCCUACGACAUUCGUCCCAUUCACAAUGUGUAUGGCAACAUCACAGGUACCAACCCUAGCGAAGGGUACAUUUUGAUCGGUAACCAUCGAGAUGCUUGGAUCAAGGGAGGCGCAUCUGAUCCCAACAGUGGAUCGGCAGCUAUGCUUGAAGUUAUCCGUGCUUUCCACCAACUGCAAUUGAGUGGGUGGAAACCUCGCAAAACUAUUAUGUUUGCGUCUUGGGAUGGCGAGGAAUACGCUUUGUUGGGAUCCACAGAGUUUGGCGAGAAAUUUGCUGAUGAUUUGAAAGCAAACUGUUUGGCGUAUCUAAAUGUUGACGUUGCUGCUUCCGGAAAGAAGCUCGAUAUUCAGGCGUCGCCAUUUUUGAAUAGAGUCUUGAAUGAGUCGUUGCACUUGGUGGAUUAUCCUUUUGGUGGAAGUCUUCAUGAGCAUUUCUUCGAAAAGAGAGACAAGUUUGGAAUCUUGGGUAGCGGCUCGGAUUACACAGUGUUUUUGGAACAUCUGGGCAUUCCUUCCGUGGACAUGGGUUUUGGUAAUGGUCCGAACGACCCCGUUUAUCAUUAUCAUUCGAAUUAUGAUUCUUACCAUUGGAUGUCUACAAUGGCGGAUCCUGGUUUCAAACUCCACAACACCUUGGCUAGAUACUUGGGAUUGGUCGCUCUCAGACUCACAGAACGCAAGGUUAUACCUACCGAGAUCGCGGCAUAUGCUUCGGAGAUGGAACAAUAUUUCCAGGCAUUGGUUGAAAGAGUACCAAACAAAUGGCUGAGCGUCGCAGCCGGAGGAUGUCACCGCACGAUAUCCGACAUUAUUACCUCGAUGGAAAAUCAGUUUGCAGCAUUCGUGGAGAACGCGAAAGUUUUCGAUACUCGCGCAGAAGCUCUGCAAUCAAAAUGGGAUGCGUCCAAGAACUUACCAUUUUGGAAGCGUUUUGCACUUAACUACAGAAUCAAGGGUCUAAAUUACAAAUUGAGAUACUUUGAAAGACACUUCUUGCAUCAGAAAGGUCUUGACGGGAGAUCCUGGUUCAAACAUGUGGUGUACGCAGCUGGCAGAGACACUGGCUACCAAGGGUUCGCAUUCCCUGGUUUAAAAGAAGCGCUGGACGACGACGACGUGUAUGCGUUUGUUAGAUGGUUGAAGAUUAUUCGAAGGAAGUUGAAAGGCUUGAAUGACAGUUAUGAAGAGUAA